CUCCCCACGUCCCCUCUCUUUUCCCUACGCCGCCCCCUCUUCCAUUCUCCGCCCCCAAACCCAAAACCCUAAACCUAGAUUGGAACACCAGGAUCCUCAUUGGGAGCCCUCUCUCCGAUGCCGACGACGGCGCUCCGGUGGGGCCUGCAGCCGGCGGCGUGACCCGAUAGGUUGGGGGAAUUAAGGGAGGAGUGGGGGUUUGAUCGGAGAUGGGAGGGGUGAAGUCCACGAUGGUGGCGAGGUUCGCCUUCUUCCCUCCCGACCCACCGUCGUACGGGGUGGUGGUGGAGGACGAGGCGUCGGGGCGGCUGGCGAUGACGGAGGUGCCGCGGCGGGAGGGGGUGGAGGUCCGGAGGCUGCAGACCAAGCGGGGGACCGAGAUAGUGGCCAUGCACGUGAGGAACACUGAGGCCAAGCUCACCGUGCUAUACUCCCACGGCAAUGCGGCGGACCUCGGGCAGAUGUAUGAGCUCUUCGUCGAGCUCAGCCAUCACCUCCGAGUGAACUUGAUGGGGUUUCAUCGGAGGAUGCUUACACCACGCCAUCGACACCGACGGAGACUCAGUACAGAGGACCAUUACAAUAGCGGUGGCGUGGUCACCGCCCUCAAUCGGUAUGACUAUUCUGGCUAUGGACAAUCAUCUGGAAAGGCAAGUGAGCAAAAUACUUAUGCAGAUAUUGAGGCUGCUUACAGAUGCCUUGAGGAGACAUAUGGAACCCAUGAAGAAGAUAUCAUUUUAUAUGGUCAAUCAGUUGGCAGUGGGCCUACUUUGGAUUUAGCUACUCGCAUGCCUCAUUUGAGAGCAGUUGUUCUACAUAGUCCCAUUUUGUCUGGUCUACGAGUGAUGUAUCCUGUGAAGCAUACAUAUUGGUUUGACAUAUACAAGAACAUUGAGAAAAUUUCACAUGUCAAGUGUCCUGUGCUUGUAAUUCAUGGAACUGAUGAUGAUGUUGUGAAAUUCUACCAUGGGAAGCAGCUUUGGGAACUGUGCAAAGAAAAGUAUGAGCCUCUCUGGAUUCAGGGAGGGAACCAUUGUAACUUGGAACUUUAUCCUGACUAUAUAAGGCAUCUAAGAAAAUUUAUAUCAGCCAUAGAGAAGUCUCCUGCAAUAAAAAUUGAAUCAGCUGAGAGCUCAGAUCUCUCUGAGGCUCCUAGGACAAGCUCUGACUGUUCAGAGUUUCCAAGGAAGAGCACAGACCAGAAGGAGAAGUCUAGGCUUAGCACCGAGAAUUCAGAGUUUCCCAGGAAAAGCACUGACCAGAAGGAGAAGUCUAGGCCAAGCACCGAUAAUUUGGAGUUCCCAAGGAAGAGCACAGAGCAGAAGUCUAGGUCAAGCAUUGACCGUAGAGAGAAACAUAGGCAAAGCACAGAUCGGAGAGAAAAGUCAAGAGCCAGCACUGAUAGGAGAGAAAAAUCAAGAAGAAGUGUUGAUCGUUCUGACAAUUCAAAGGAUAACAUGGACCAGCCAGAGAAACCAAGGAAAAGCUUUGAUCGCUUUGGAGAUAUGGUGAGAUCGGUGGGGUUGUGCAAUAUCGACUGUUUCAAAGACAAAGCUUCCGGGGCCUGAGGUAUUCAGAGGUCAGUGCUUGGUUUUGGGUUGUUUUUUCCUUUCUGAUUAAUAUAUGGGUUGGGUGGAUUGUCUUGGUGAUGGAAAAUUCGCAUCUUCAUGUUUAUUGGAAAAAAUAAUACGGUUUAAUUUAACGAGCUUUUUGUUGUCAGGCUCAUAGAAGGAGAAAUUCUCUCUUUUCAUUUUUAUUCUUCUGUGUCAUGCAAUCAAUCUUGGUGACAUGUAUGUUACUGUCCAUUGAAAGAGAUUUGGUAUGCAUAAAAAUCAUGUGGGUAUCUUAUAGCCCCUACAUAACUUUACCUUUGAGCUUGGUUA